AUGCCGGGUUGGUUGACGCCAAAAGAUGUUCCUCUGCUGGCAAAGCAUGUAUACCGGAGUACUUCCUCUGGGAUCGUCAGCGAGUGGAACCAUGCAAAACCAUUUUCCCAAGUACCUGGCCCAGGAUUGCUACCUCUGUUUGGGAAUCUCCUGCAAUACAAAUCUGGGGAAUUCAAAGUGAAACAGUAUCACAAGGUCUUGAAAAAGCUCCAUUUGAAAUAUGGGCCAAUAGCAAGGCAACAAAUUGGACCACGGCUGCUUGUUCAUCUUUUCGACCCUGAAGAUGUGAAAACGGUAUAUCAACAUGAAGGGAAGAUGCCAGUUGUUCCUCCACUACAAGAAACAACUCAGUUGUACAGGAAGCAAAAGGAACUUUCCCUUGGCCUUGGGAAUACGAAUCAUGAAGAGUGGUAUCGCCUCAGAAGUGCCGUUCAGCAGAUGAUGCUCAGACCUAAAGAAGUACGACAUUUCCUUCCACUAGUGAAUCAAGUUGCUAAAGACUUUGUUGACCACAUCUGCAAAGUGAGAAGAGGAGAUGGAACUGUGCAUGACCUUCGAACAUCUGGAAUGAUCUGCUAUGAGACUCGUCUUGGUUGUAUGGAUGGAACUGCAAGGCAGCAAGAAUGGGGCCAGCAAAUGGUAGAGGCAAACAAGACCAUUUUUCAGCUUUCUGGUGAUCUGAAGUUCUCUCUGCCUUUCUAUGCAUUCCUGCCAACUCCUCGGUGGAAUCAGUUAGUUAGAGCAGAAGACUUUUUCUACAGAGAGGCCAAGUUGUUGGUGGAACAAACAAUUGGAAAGAUUCACAACAUGCUGAAGGAAAGUGGGACUUUGCCAGAGGACAGAUAUUCCUUCCUUUCCUAUCUGUUGGGUCGGGAAGAGCUGAGUCAGAAGGAUGUUUUCAUAAUCACACUAUCCCUUUUUGCUGAUGGUCUCAGCACAACCUCACCAGCACUUCUCUUCAACCUAUAUUGUUUAGCAACUCACCCAGAAGCACAAGAGACUCUGAGGAGGGAGGUGCAUGAAAAUUUUCCUUCUUCUGAUGUGCCCAUCACAGCUGAAAUCAUAAAUAGGAUGACUUACCUCAAAGCCUGCGUGAAGGAAACCUUCAGGCUGUUCCCUAUUGGGACAGAAGUGUCCCGUAUCACCCAAAAAGAUCUGGUUUUGGCUGGCUACCAGAUUCCUGCCAACACCCAUGUUGAUUUCAACCAGUUUGUCCAUUUUCGCUCUUCCUCCACAUUCAAACACCCUGAGGAGUUUAGACCACAACGCUGGAUACGAGGCCAUCCAGAAGAAGAGACUGUACAUCCAUAUCUUCUCACCCCUUUUGGCAUUGGUACCAGGAUGUGUGCAGGGCGACGCUUUGCAGAGCAGGACUUAUAUUUGGUUCUAAUGCACACAAUGAAGACCUUCCAGCUUUCUUAUCCCCUGGAGGAACCAAGCCUAGGACAAAUCUACGAGACUUUACUGUUCCCAGAUCAGCCUCUUCAUAUUGCUAGAGGCCCAAGAAGAGAGGGAAGAGCAGGGGGAGGGGUUGAUCAAGCGCCUCGCAGGGCACAGGGAACAUCAAGACCUUCACCUGCCAGGGCAUCAGAGAAGACAAAAAAUGCUUCAUUAGCUACAUCCAAGCCAGUAAAGGUAGCAAAACCUGCUAAGAAUGUGAAGGCAACCACAAAAGGAAGGGAUGUCCCAAAGCCAGACCCAAGGACAUUGAGGAAACCUGCUGAGAUUAAUCCUGCAAAAUCAUUGACUUCAAAUACUUCCGAGUCAAAGAGAAAAGCAAGAACAGAUAACACUACCCUAAAACAAGCUCCCUCUAUUCCCAAAGUUUCACCUGCGCCUUCCUCUGUGAUAAAGGAAAGUCCAAGGAGUCCCAGACAAGUUGAACCAGUGGUCAGUGCAGUUGAAGAGGUAAAAGAGGAAGAAAAGAAGGCAGAAUCAGACAACCCAGCCACAGGAGAAGAAGUGGGGGAUUAUGACUAUGAAGAUGACUUUGAGGACUACGAGUCGGACUUUGAAUCAUACGAUAGCGAAGAAGACAGCGAGGAUGAUGACGAGGAAGACGAAGGAGAUGACAGUGAGGGAGAUGGAGAGGGAGUGGAGAAACCGGUAGAUUCUGGACAUUCUUCAGGGCAUUUCAGUGCAGGAGAAGAAGAUUUUAAUGAACGAGAGUCUGUCCUCAAAAUUCAAUCCAGAAUGGUAGCACCAAUGAAUGAAAGAUACAGAAAGAGAGAGGAGGAGGAGGAAUCUCGAAUUGGAACAGCUGCAAGUGCAUCAACUCAGACAGGAGAAGACCAUGAAACCCAAGAGAUCAAUACAGAGCAAAUCCAGAUGGAAAGCAAGUGGACCCAGUUCCCAGUCUCAUUUCAAAUCCCAAAAGAAAGUGAAAAUGGAAUUUCGAAAGAAGAGUACCUGGGAGUUGGACAAGGAUCAGAUGAUCAUCUACAUUCCUCCCACAAACUCCCUCUUGUUCACCUCUUUGGAGAACAAGACACAUUCCAUGGAGAUACUGAUGAUUCUGCUAUCAAUGGCUCAAGACUUGCUCAAUUCAUUUUAUCUGCUGGACAGGUGAUGCUGAGCCUACUGGAAGAACGAACACAGAGCCAGAUGAUGGAUGACAACCAAGCAAAUAAAGAGGACUACCUAGAUUUUCCCUUCACUGAUGGAGUGAUCCCAUUUGGAAAAGUGCCCAUCCCUAAUGACCGAGCACAGAAGCUCUCCGUUCAAGCAAUGGCUUUUUCUCCUCUUCAACCCAAUCUUCUCCUCACUUCUCACAAUAUGGAAGGGGAAGAAUUGGCGAAGAACUCCAUGCUCUGUCUGUGGAAUCUCCGAGAGCCAUCCCAGCCCCAGAAGGUUUUCCUCUCUCCCGGGCUGGUGCACUGCCUCUGCUUCGGUCCGCGAGGGACGAACGUGAUCAUGGCUGGACUCCAACAAGGGGUCAUCUCGCUCUGGGACGUGGAAGAACCCUCCUCCACUCAUCAGCAGCUUGGAGUCUCUUGGGGUUACGAGUUGCUCCAUCCUGCUCUUUUCCCCAGGACUCCCACCUAUUGCACUGUCGCCACAGGGGAAGAAGAAACAGACGACGCCGUCGUGGAUUUAAAGAUCGUGACCGACAGCAGCUCCGAGACCUCUUCCAGCGACCAGGUGAGGAGUCUCGUCCGUGCUCGCCUUCGUUCUUUCCGAGUGCAUCUCACGAUCGCAAGGGUGGUGCUGCAGGUGGUGUCCCUCACGGAAGGAGGAAUGAUGAAGUUUUGGGUCCUGGUGAAGCAGGACGUGGACCCGGUAGACUUGGAAACGGAGACCGAUGUCGGCCUCGCCCACUGGGCGCACUGGAAGCUCUCACCGACUUCCUUCUCCGUCCGAGUCGGCGAUCUGCUCCUGAGGGAAGGAGGAGAGACGAAUGGGACGUUGAGGACGGACAGCUUGGUCCUCAACGCGACGGACUCCAAUCAUCUAUACGUAUGCUCGGAUAGCCACGGAGUCGUCCAUUGCACGAGACACGGUGACACACCGGUACCCCGCUUUUUCAACCCUCAGCCCGAGACGGUAUACAAAGCGACGAGCGUGGAUUUUGCACAACAUCGACGUCCCUUCCUCUUGAUCGGAGGUGCCGACGGGUCCAUCUCGCUGUUUGCAGCAGAUUCCAGCAACGAGAGGCCACUGACGGCAUGGAAUGGGAAUAAGUCAGAAGUACCGAUCCCCAUCAAGCAAUUGAUAUGGUCUCCCUGUCGGCCUUGCGUCUUCUUCUCUUUGGAUGCACUUGGCAUGCUUUCCGUGUGGGAUCUGACAAAAGGAGAUUUAGAGCCAAGAUACACUGUUCAGUUGAAGUCGGACGUGAUAUCCCACGUUGCCCUCGGGUCCCUCCCAUAUUUGGAUGCCUCCCAGCAGAUCCCCAUGGCCGUGGGUAUGUCAGACGGACGAAUCGUCGGUUACCGACUCGCCAAGGAUCUGUCGUGUCGUUCGGACGAAGAUCGCAAAGUCGAGGUCGACAAGUUUCUUCGCUACGUGUCCAUCCUCUGAUGAUCUGCAGAUCGAAUCUCAUUCAACCUAGUCCGUCCGGUUCUGUUUCGCCUCGUACCUCCCUGUGAUCGUUGACCUCUGAUAUUUAAACGGAUCUCGAGAGACUGGUGUUUCGUAAUUGAGUAUGCACACUCGGGUAAAGUAUCUAUUUAUUGCAUAAAAACAUAUUUUGCACUGAAA